AUGGAGUCCAGCCGCGGCAUCCCUGAAGGGGAGAUGUUCCUCAGCAAGCCUGCCCCCGACGACUGUGCCGAUAGUCCGACUGUCCAGCCCCUGCGUAUCUUCAAGCCCCAGAGCCCCAGCCGUGUCCGCCGCCCCUCCGCUUCCUCCUCCAAGCCGACUUUUCCCCUGCCGCCGGGUGCCUCGAGCUCUGCCGCCCCGCUGCCAUUUCCCGACGACGAUGACGUGCGCAAACCGACUCCUCCAAAGCCCUUUGGCUCAGCCUACGCCGGUAUAAGUCCUCGUAUAGAUACCAAUCAAGGAGAGAAGCGGCCUGGCCUCGCCGAGAGGAGAGGAGCCUCGCCCAAAGUCAUCCACUCUCCUCCGAGCCCCGAGGCCGACCUUGGCCUUUUCGCGAGGCCUCUGAAGGAGCAGACACGGCCCGGCUCCUCGAGCGCAAACUAUCCCAGCUAUCCAAAAAAGACAAACUACCCUCCGCCUGCCUCUGGCGCCGCAUUGCCCGACAGUGUUAAUCGUUUUGCCUCGACGGCCUCCAACUCGACGACGAGGGCCACUCGUGGAUCGCCUCCGCCCCCGGAGACACCCAUUGUCGAACCUGGAACUGCGUCAGCCGGCGGCAUCGAGGCCCGAUAUGCUGCAUCUGGUAUUGCGGGGACGGCCACUCUCAACAGCCUGCAGGCUCAUCAAGCACAGAGUGCUGCCGCCGCUCAGAGGCUUGCGCAGUACGGCCACCAGGCUCCUCAACCUCAGCGUCCUUGGACACCCACCGAGUCCCCCGGCCAGGCACCCUCGGGCCCUCCCACAGUAUAUCAGGGGGCGAACCCCGUCGCCGACACGCCCUCGCGGCCAACCUUUGAUCCGCCGCCGGAACAGCCCGUGCAGACUCAAGGGGAUUCGGUCCCGCAAGUCAGCGUCUUGGAGCAAGAUUACCAGCGCGUGGGCACAAAGACGCCGCCUCCGGCAUAUUCCAGAGUCAAUCCCAACGGAGACUAUUCAAAAGAGAAACAGCGCCCUCAACAGCAGCCCGCCCGGCCUGACACUGCCCCAGCCGGCCCCUCGUCUUCUCCACCACGAAAGCCUGCGUCGUCGGCGUCGGCAACGUCUCUUGCCUCACCCGCGCUUCAGCACCCGGGUCAUCCCGCCUUCGCCAACGACCCUCGACCAGAGGCAAACGGCCAGUCCGUGCAGGUUGCGUCGACUCCUUCUCUCCAAGCGCCAACACCCGCAUCCCCGCCGCCAUUGCCCGAGGGAUGGAUAGCUCAUCUGGAUCAGAACUCAGGCCAGUACUACUACAUUCACCUGGCCACGCAAGCCACGCAGUGGGAAUUUCCCAAAGGCCCCAAUCCCAUCCAGCAUGAGCAGACACCGCUCUCGCCCACCGCUUCCACCUAUGGAAAUCCCUUGACGUCGCCAAUGUUCGGAAAGCAGUCCAUGGCGUCGCCAAUGUUCUCUCCGCACACCCCCGGCUAUGCCGAGAGCAUCAUGAGUGUCGCGGCUUCGCAAACGCCCUCGGCUGCUGGCUUCUCCGGCCCGCCUCCGAGCUCAGGCGUCGACAUGUACAGAAUCCAGCCGACAAAUGGUGUCUACUUUGGUCCUUAUUUGAGAUAUAUCAACAUGGACGUCGAGAAGGGCAUGUGGUACGAAGUGGAAUUGCAAAUGGGCGAGGGCGGCACGGAGAGGUGGACGUAUGCCGUCACGUCCCACCUAGGAUGCACGCGGUACGAGUUCGUUGUGGCCGGCCGGCACGAGACGGGUUGGAGGUUCAUUGCUCACUCUGGAAACGACUUUGCGGCCGGUACGUCGCAAAACGAAAGAGCCAGGCUCGGCGGAGUUGGCUUCAUGUGGAAAGACGUGCUGCAAAAGAACAUUGACUGUGGCGGCUUCCAUGUGCAACUUGGCCUUGGCGACCAGAUCUACGGCGAUCGACUGUGGAAAGAAGUGCCCCUGCUCAGGCAGUGGCUGGCCAUGAGCGGCAGAGACAACAAGAAGAACGUCCAAUGGACCGCGCGCCAUGAGGAGGAUGUCUCGCACGCCUACUUUCACUUUUACACCAGUCACUUUGACCAGCCUUUUUUGAGGGAGGCAUUCGCUCAGAUUCCGCACGUCCUGCAAAUCAACGACCACGACAUAUUUGAUGGGUACGGAUCCUAUCCAGCGUAUAUGCAGGCUUCGCCCAUGUUCAAGAACAUCGGGCGCAUCGCCACAGACAUGUAUCUUUUGUUCCAGCACCACACUACGGUAGAGAUGAUGCGCAACGUCAGCACCGAUCAUGACAUCUUCACCGUCACCGGCGUCGGCUGGCAUUUCGUCAAGCAUCUGGGGCCGGCAAUGGCAGUCGUCGGAUCCGACUGCCGUUCGGAGAGGACCCAGGCUCGAGUGAUGGCUGGGCCGACAUACCAGGGCAUCUUUCCCAAGGUCGCGACGCUCCCCCCCAGCGUCCAGCAUGUCAUCUGGAUGGUCUCGGUCCCCUUGGUCUACCCGAGGCUCGAGGGCGUCGAGAGCCUGGCCAACACCGUCGCGGCAGGCAAAAAGGCCGUCAACACGACGUACAACAUCCUGGGCAAGGUCACGAGCUCGAUGGCGGGCGUCGUCGGAGGCAAAGAGGUCGUCGCGCAAGGCUUCUCUCAUGUGAAAAAGGCCGUCGGCAAGACGGGCUUGAUGGGCAAUGUCCUGAACCAGUUCGGCGAGCUGGACAUUCAGGAAGUCUUGAAGGACAUGUGGACGCAUGAGACCAAGGAUCUGGAGCGAACAUACUUCAUCCGCACCUUGCAGGGCAUUUCUCAGCGAAAAGGCAUUCGAAUGACCUUUUUAUCCGGAGACGUCAACGCUUCCGGGGCCGGUCUGGUGCAUGACCCGACUCACCCGGGCGAUCACAAGACCAUGUACCAGAUCAUCUCGUCGCCCAUUGUCGGGGCCCCCCAGGGUGGCUACGUGUUGAAGCUCCUGCACAACCAGAAGACGCUAUACGUACCGCAGAACGGGCACAAGUCGACGCACGAGGUGUCGGACACCAAGGAAGACAUGAUGGAGAUAUUCCACACCGACGCCAGCGGAGCUUCGCGCGAGAUGAAGAGGCUCAUGGGUCGGCGCAACUACGUUGCCUUUGUCGCCUUUGACCAGGACGCGGCGAACCAGACGCCGUUUAGCCCGAACCCGAGCCUCGCCGGCCACCAGCAGCAGCAGCAGGGCCUUUCCAAGCUCAGUCUGGCCGUGGAUUUCAUAGUCCAGGGAGACGGCGCGUUCCAGGCGACGACAAAGUAUGGACCAGUCAUUGUCCCGCACCUGGACUUUGGGCGGUGA